CGCUAAUGUAAAUAUUCUUAGAUGAUUUUUUUUUCAAUUGGAUCAAGCUGCUUUUCUCCAGGCAAAUUCACCAGGAUACAGAGGGGUCUGUGGAUCUGAUUGAAGCCUUUGGAAAAAAUAAUUCUCGCAUUCCUAAUUCGCUGCCGCCUCUGUCUGGGUUCUCCCGAGGAAGUCUCCUUUUACGGAAUGUAGACAUUUUUACAACACACACACUCACUUCCUGUUGGGUGUGCUCUUUUGUUUUUUUUUAUUUUUUAGCUGGCUGGGGAAGAGUUUUCUUACCGUUUAUAUAUAUUUAAAAAAUCAUUAUUAUUUUAACUUACUAAAUAUUUUACUUUGUCACCUUUUUUUAAAAAUCUGGACUCUGCUGACAAAAGAAAAUGUCGAAAUCAUUAAAGAAAAUCGUGGAAGAAAGCAGGGAAAAGAACCUGACUGAGGUGGAUAUGUGUGACAGAAGCAUCUCUAAUAUGCUGGACAUCUCGGGACUCUAUACAUUGUCUAACAUCACCCAGCUGGUACUUAGUCACAACAAACUCACAACUGUUCCACCAAACAUAGCUGAUCUGAAGAACUUGGAAGUACUGAACUUUUUCAAUAACCAGAUUGAAGAGCUCCCAACACAGCUAAGCAGCCUUCAGAAACUCAAACACCUUAACCUGGGCAUGAACAGAUUAAACUCCCUGCCCAGGGGAUUCGGGUCACUGCCAGGUCUAGAGGUUCUUGACUUGACCUACAACAACCUCAACGAGUCCUCCCUCCCUGGAAACUUCUUCUACCUCACCACCCUGCGUGCACUCUAUCUAAGUGACAACGAUUUCGAAAUCCUGCCUCCAGAUAUUGGGAAGCUCACGAAGCUGCAGAUUUUGAGUCUAAGGGACAAUGACCUUAUUUCGAUGCCUAAAGAGAUUGGGGACCUCAGUCAGCUAAAGGAGCUCCAUAUCCAAGGGAACCGUCUUACAGUGUUGCCCCCUGAACUGGGUAACCUGGAUCUGACGGGUCCCAAACAGGUCUUCAAAGCCGAGAACAACCCUUGGGUCACUCCCAUUGCAGACCAGUUCCAGUUGGGAGUGUCUCACGUUUUUGAAUAUGUUCGUUCAGAAACCUACAAAUACCUAUAUGGGAGACACAUGCAGGCCAACCCAGAGCCCCCAAAGAAAAACAGUGACAAGACCAAGAAAAUCAGCCGCAAACCUCUGGCAGCUAAGAACAAAUGAGGAGGACAAAGCCUGUAUUCCAAGAAGAAUGUAUUGCAUGUGCCUUUUUUCUAUGUACGUACCUCAAGAAAGAAAAAAAAAAAAGCAUUUUUGUUGUCAAGAACAAUAUAUCAAUAUUUAAACUAACAAACUCUCCAAAUUAAUGUCCUGGGAGUUUUCUACAUGUAUCGCACCAUUUUAUAAUCACCACAGAAAUAUUAAUCUCACCAGUGGUUUAAGCUUCAUACAUUGUGCCACACUGUUUAUGUAGGUAUGCAUCAGCUAGUUUAUCAUUUUUAUUAUGUGUGUUUUGUUUUGCUUUUAAAGAUUGCACUUUUUUUGGACAUCAUCUACUGUAAUGUGUCAUCUUUCAUUUCUGAUAAAAGUCUAAUUUGUUCCCCUUUAUUUUAAAUAAAAGAAUGUGUUUGUAUGACAA